UUCGCUCAUGAUCUUGGCAAUGAGCGUAAUGGGAGUGUCUUAUGCCACGUAUGGGUUAUGGAGGAGUAUGGUGUGCCCGAGUCUUGGACUAGAAAAUUUGUGAUACCAAUGGAAUGGGUUUGUAUGGGUCAUUUCUUUGGCUGCACUAACAAUGGUGAACUUCUCAUUAAGAAUGCCACUGGGCUGGUUUCAUUUGACCUUGAGAGUCAAAAUCAGAACAUUCUUGCAAUUGAAGAUGCUAAUUGGGUGGCUUUCUCAGCUAAUUCAAUGGAGAGCUUGGUUUUACUUGAUGGGGGAGGAUUGUUUAGCUGUUUGUGUCUAUGUUUGGUGAAAGUAAUUGUGGGUAACAAUGUGUAUUGAGGUUUGGAAAAUUUUCAUUGAGUACUGUCUACUUUAUUUUGUAUAGAUUUUGUUAUUAUUGCUGAGAAUAUCCAGCAAUUCUGUGCACAUUGUAGGUGUUAUCAAUGUUACAAGUAGCAACGAGACGUAUUUAAGAGUAUACCAUUGUAGUUAGCAACUCCGAAAUGUGCUAAAAAUGGGGAUUUUAGAUA